AUGAUUGACCCAAUUGAUAAAAUUAUUGAAGAAACAUUUGUUUAUAAAAUUGACAUGCUUCAUAAUCUUUCUUUAUCAUCGAAUGCAUCAAUGAUUCGUUACGCUUUAGCAUAUAAAGACUUUAAUCCUAACGAAAAAUAUCCAGAAGAAGAAAAUGUGGAAUCAAGUUUUGAAUUAACGAAAAAGUAUUGGAAAUAUAAAAUUGAAUCAUAUAAGAAACAAGAUGAAAAAGCAGAAAGAGAUACUAAAAAUAAUGUUUCAAUGGAUGAUUUUCAAUACUAUCACGAUUUAAUCCUUUCAUCUAAAUGCAAAAUGUGUGGUAAAGCGUUUACAUAUGCAAAUAAACCAACAUUAGAUAGAAUCGAUAAUGAAAAACCACAUACCAAAGAAAAUUGUCAGUUAAUGUGUUGUUAUUGCAAUGUCGUAAAAUCAAAUAAAGAUGAAGAUGUUCAACGUUUAAGAAUCAAUUUAAGAAAUUAUACAUUAAAAAAUAAUUUACCAAUGACUUUAGAUUCAGUUGAAGCUUAUCACAUUCUCCGUAAUGGAAUUACUGGUGGUCUAUCAAAUGUUCAACAUCGUGUUAAUCUUAAAGGAAUCACGCACAUUAAUAAACUUUCAUAUAAUCCAGAAACUAAAACUGUAUCAAAUGAGGACACCACCAACAUCAUGACUCAUUUUGUUGGAGUUGACUUUAAUUCAUUAUAUCCUUCAUCAUUUUCAUCUAAUCCUCAUGAUUUCAUUCAAUAUACUGACCAUAAAAUGUAUAUGCCGGGAAGAUUGAAUGGUGUUAUCAUUUGUGAUACAGCAACAAAGAAAGCAAAAGCAUUGGGAAUAAUUAGAAAGAAAAAUACUUUAUUCGUGGCUGAAGUAAAGG